AUGCUGGUUCCGUCCGUCCAUCCGCUCCUCUGGCUGUUUGGCUGCGUGCUCUUCCGCGGUACUACGACCUCCACAGACACCUCUGUCCACGUUGUGUCAGGUCAAACCCAAAGAACAACCCAGAGCCCUGAAGUAAACAACCACACCUCAGGCACCUCAAAGCCAGUCACCCCAACAAUAAAGUCCACUGACUACUUGCCUGCACCCACUCCGACAGAUGACAAAUCACCACUGACGGUGGCAGCCUUCGGUGUCAUCAGCUUCAUAGUUAUCCUGGUAGUGGUUGUGAUCAUCCUGGUCAGUGUGGUCAGCCUGAGGUUCAAGUGCAACCGCUGGAAGGACUCAGAAGACAAACAGAAACCAGGGACCUCCAUGGUAUCAGAGAGCUGCUCAGCAGGCCCAAGCCAGAAGGAUAACAGCAUCACCCUCAUCUCCAUGAAGAACAUCAACAUGAACAACAGCAUGAGUUACCCACCGUCAGAGAAG